UGAUGUUUCUGAUCUCUCCUAGUUUCAAAUAGAUCGUUGGUGGUUUUGUGUCUAGAUUGGAUUUGUUGCUUGUGGACUAAGCUAGCGACUUAAAAAGCUAAAAUACUGGGAUUUAUUUUAGGUCAAUCGUUUGCAAAGUGAAGGCUAUUAUGGAGGUGUUCGCUUGCUUAUGGCAAUUUGUAAAGUUUUCUACAAGUACUGCACUGAUAAUAAGAUCGAGUUAAAAGAAAGAAAUUUCACUCUAUCGUAUGACACCAAUAUUCCUCGCCAGACAGGGCUUUCAGGUUCAAGUGCCAUUGUUUGUGCUACCUUAAACUGCCUCCUUGACUUCUAUCAAAUUAGACACCUUGUAAAAGUCGAAAUCAGACCGGAGCUGAUUCUUGGUGCAGAAAAGGAACUUGGAAUUGUUGCUGGACUUCAAGAUCGAGUUGCACAGGUCUAUGGAGGCCUUGUGUACAUGGAUUUUAGCAAGGAAUAUAUGGAUAAAUUAGGGCAUGGCAUGUAUACACUGAUGGAUAUUGGUCUUCUUCCCCCACUCUAUCUCAUCUAUGCUGAAAAUCCAAGUGAUUCUGGAAAGGUGCACAGCACCGUUCGGCAACGGUGGCUAGAGGGUGAUGAGUUUAUAAUAUCAUCAAUGGAAGAAGUUGCAAAGCUAGCCUUAGAGGGUCGCAAGGCUUUAUUGGAAAAGAAUUAUACCGAACUUGCAGAUCUAAUGAACCGAAACUUUGAGCUUCGUAGGAAAAUGUUUGGAGAUGGUGUGCUAGGUUCUCUAAACAUCCAGAUGGUUGAGGUUGCCAGGAGUGUCGGUGCCGCAUCUAAGUUUACUGGCAGUGGAGGAGCAGUGGUUGCAUUUUGCCCCGAUGGACCUGAUCAAGCUAAGCUUCUUGAAGAGGCUUGCAAAAAAGCCGGUUUUAUUGUACAGCAGGUCAUCAUUGUUCCUCCUGUUCUUAAUGAUGAAGACCUGAAAACUGUGUCUGGCUAAUAAAACGUCUGGAGCCAGUUUGCAUUUUCUCUAUAUUAUUGACUAACAGAACCACCAUGAAAUAGUGAGUCAUUUAUCAGUUAUAUUUUACGUAAUAAGUUACAAUUUUAUUAGCUUGAAGGGGGAUUAAAA